CAACAGCACAGCAGCCGACUGCGAAUCCUUCUGCAAAGCUAGCUCCCUUCUCACGGCCAAGGUGCAGCUACGUCAAAGUAUCUUAUGAGGAUGGAUAGCUCCACCCCCACAUCCCUCGGCACGUCUACGGCCGCAGCAGCCAACGACGCGUCGUCCAUGCGCUUCCACUUUUCGUCGCCUUCCAGCUCGGUUGACGGGAUCAACAACACUGCCGCCGCCUUCGUCGACGGCCCCAGUGGCAGUGCAUCGAGCCACGGCUUGUACAGCCACGACGGAUACGACCGCUCCAGCUUUGACACGACGGGGUCCUCGUCUAUGCAGGACGAUGCACCAGCAGCAGCAUCCCACACAUACGAUCGGUUCAGUGGCAAGCAGGAACAGCUACACCAGGUCAAGCCAUGGUCGUACCAUCACGACGGAGGUGGAGGUAGUCGCGUCGGCCGUAGCAACAGCUUCCCGUCCAUGGACCUCAUGCCCUAUCGCAAGGAACACACGGGCGACAUGUUUGGCAAUGCCGUCACCACGGGACUGGUGUUCCCUCGUCACCACCAGUCGCAUCCGUCUCCACCUUCUUCGUUGCAACGCGGCGCCGCGAUGCCGCGAUCGAGCUCGGCCGUAGACAUGGGCGCAUACGAAGUCACCCAUGGCAUCAUGAACGCCACGUCGUUUCCCGAGAUAGGCAACAACGACACGCAAAAGCAGCUGCGGACCAAGAACAUUCCAUCGGGCGUCCUCUUUCACUCGGGGCGGUGGUCCAGCGAAGAGCACAAUCGGUUCGUGGAAGGGCUGCAUCAGUACCCCCACGGCGUGCUGAAUCGAUGGCGCAAGAUUUCCAAGGCGGUGGGCACGCGCACCGUGCUGCAGACGCGCACGCACGCGCAGAAGUAUUUUCGCAAGCUUCAAAAGAUAGACGACGCUGGGCCCCACACAAAGCUGCUGUCGGCGGACCUCAUGAAGGGCGACGACGACACUAGCGGCGACUCGAACGAGAACCAUCUCCCAAACGAGCAUUUCGACAAGCCAUCGGUGUUUAGCCGAUCGACUGGGGGGGUAGGAGGUGGAUCGUAUGGGUCCCCGUCUUCAUUCCACGGCAAAAAGGAGGACCUGCCAGGUGGUACCCACCUGUUUCAACAUCGCGGGGCAUCCGACGCGUACGAUGCCGCGCCUCGCGCCGUCGUGUCCUCUGACAGACACGCCAACCCCCCCACCUGCUAUCCGUUCCCGACGAUUACAAUCCCCCAUCAUCAUCAACAUCACCAGCAGCAAUCGUCGUCGCAGCAGCCGACCCCGACCACCGAAGCCAGCCGCGCGUUCCAGAACAUCAGCCUUGGCGCCGGCGCCCCCCGCCCCCGAGACGAACUAAACCCGUUUCAACCCCAGCGGCAUGCUGUGAACCAUGGCAACGAGCAGUGGGUCGACUGGCUGCUGUACAACAUCGAGAACAUCCCCACCCGGCACAACCCCCAGCACCAACCUCAGCAAGUGCAUGACGCACGGCACUUGACGCGCACAUUUCGAAGCGCUAGCGAACCCGUGCCCCCCCUAACUUCGUAUCGCUCAGCACAUGCGACCGGUAGCAGCAGCAGCAGCAGCCACCACCACCAACAUGAAGACGACGAUCCUGAGUUUACGUCGGCGGCGUCCCCUAGCGCCGCCGCCACCACCUGGAACGACUACGCUGAAGACGGCGACAGCUCCACCCCUUCUGGCGGCGGCGGCGAAGGCGGCAGCUACUACGACCCCCAACCACAACAAAUACACCAACGUCACCCCCAGCAAUCACCACACUCGGAGACCAAGUACUCGUCCCUGCUGGACCACGAGGUCGUCCCGUGAUGGCUACAGAGCUGACAAGGCGCAUGUAUUUAUUCGAUUUUGGUUGGCGCCCCAGUUAUUCUAUUUUGCUCGAUAUUUGAUGCUAUUCGUCUGUAAUAAAUUAUUGUCCCUAUGAACCCA